AUGCUGCGGGGCUGUACGUGCUUCCUUAGCAAACGAAAUCAUCCCUUUGUGGAUGCGGUGAAAGUACUUCUCUCCAGUGGGGCCGGUGGGGAUGGGGCGAGUGUGAUGUCGCAUGAGCACGGAAAUGAAUUCGCUGGUCCUGGUGGUGGAAAUGGAGGAAAUGGCGGUAGUGUAAUGCUGCGAUGCAGUAGAAAGUAUACGGAUUUAUCCCACAUUAAAGCUAUGGGUAAUCAAAUUAGUGCCGCAGCUGGUAGUGUUGGUUAUGCACGCACCGCACAUGGUAAGAGAGGGAAAGAUUUACUGUUGGAACUUCCUGUUGGCACGGAGGUAGUGGAUGUGGACACCAAUGAAGUGGUGUAUGAUGUGGAUGAGGAUGGUGUGGAAUUGUUACUACUAGAGGGUGGUCAAGGUGGAAAAGGUAAUGCGGCCUUUGCGAAUAAAUGGCAUCACUCUCCUACAGAAUCUACACGUGGAUUACCAGGGAAUACCAUGUUGGUUCAAUUUGAAUUAAAAACUAUUGCAGAUGUUGGAUUAAUAGGAUGUCCUAAUGCUGGUAAAUCUUCUUUGCUUUCUGCCAUUAGCACAAGUAAACCAAUGAUUGCUCCAUAUGUCUUUACUACUAUGCGUCCUUAUGUUGGUAUAAUUCAUGAUUUAUAUGGAAAUACAUGUCGAGUGGCAGACUUGCCUGGACUUAUUGAAGGUGCAUAUGAAAAUAGAGGAUUAGGACAUCAAUUCCUUCGACAUGUGGAACGUACACAAUCAUUAGCGUAUGUUGUGGAUAUGAGUACAUCCUACACCCCUUCAGAUGCAACAAGAAUGCCAGAACCAUGGGAAGUUGUGGAAACAUUACAAAAAGAAUUGGAGUAUUAUCUUCCUGGCUUAAGUAAUAGGGCUAUGAUGAUAUUUGCAAAUAAGAUGGAUGUCCACACGGAUGAGAAUGGUGUACUUCUCACUCACAAACUUCAGGAAUUACAAAAGCGAGUGCAUCUCCCGGUGUUUCCCAUCUCCGCCGCACUUGGCAUUGCAUUGGGCAGUUCCCAUCCACAGGCCGCGUUAACCCCCGCAUUGAAUUUCAUGUGUGAGGAGGUCUUUCGAAAGAAGCGGCGGCAAACGGAGAUUCGCAGUGCUCAGAAGCGCACGGAGGCUUUUGUACUCGAAAAAACAUUCCGGGCGAAGCACACGGGUGUGUUUGCCCCGGCGGAGGGCCUCACAGACAACAACACCGGUGGCCUCUCACUUGUGGAUCAACAACUCGGUACGUGCGGCUGCAGUGGAUUGGGUGAUAACUUCGAUGGGUAUCAGCGAGCCACCGCCCGUGGAAAACUGCAUGAUUAUCGUGAUUUGACCAUGAAGGGAAAAUACUGGUCACUCACACGGCAAAACGGAGAGAAGGUGGGUGGCGAAAAGUGGAAGUGA